AUGGCGUCCACCAACAGCGCAGAGUGGAGGGCCAUCUGCGACAAAUUCACCAACGCCCAGCAUCUCACCGACACGGAGUCCCGAAACGACCCAGAAAACGACCCGUUCCGCUCCAAGUACAGAGCCAGGGAGCUCCUCAGAGAGAUCUACUGCGCGCUGAAGAGCUUCGAGGCCGGGGAUGGAGAGGAGGACACCGGCGGCGAGAUCUCCGAGCAACGGCCGGAGGACCAACCGGUGGACGGCCAGAGGGAGGACGUGUUCAGCCAGGGGCUCCACGGCAACUCUCCGGCCGGACUGCGGGCAGCCAAGCUCGGGGCGGUGGAGUACUACCUGGGGGUUAAUCAUGUGGACACGGAGGAGCUGUCAGCCGGGCAGGAGCAUCUGAUGAACUGCAUGAAAAUGCUGGAGCGGUGUAGGGUGUCCUCAGAGAACGUGUCUCUGUUCAUCCAUGCCAGGAACCAGCUGGGCAUCCUCUGGGCUGGCCGUGAUGAGACCGAGACAGCCCAGGGCUUCCUGGAAACAGCAGAGUCCAUCUACCAGCGCUACAUGAAGGAGGAUGGGAGGCCUCCCACGGACAUGACGGAGUACUUCAGUACGGAGGAGAACCAGCUGACACAUCAGGAAAGGUUCAAGAGGUUUGAGUUGGCUUACACCCAUACCAUGUACUACCUGGCUCAAGUUUACAAAAACCUCGGGGAAAACGAGCGCGCCGCCACCUACUGCCACAGCACACUGCAGAGGCAGCUGCAGCUAAACCAGUUCAGUCCAAUGGAGUGGGCUCUGAACGCUGCUACACUGUCUCAGUAUUAUAUCACUAAGGGCCGAUACAUGGAAGGCCGGCACUGUCUGUCAGCAGCGACUGUUAUAUCGGGUUUGGCGGGAGAGGUUCCCUCUGACGCCGCCGCACAAGAAAGUGAGACGGAGAACGAGCGCAGGGAGCAGCUCCGGCAGAAAAGAGCAGAGAUCGCCAGGUGCUGGAUCAAAUACUGCCUCAAUCUCCUGCAGGACGCCAAGAAGCUGCUGGAGGACAACAUUGGCGAGUUGGAUACGGAUCGGCAGGAUGAGUUGAAAAGAGCGAGAAGACAGGAGGAGGAGGAGGAAGAAAAGGGCAGGAAGAGCGCUCUGCUGUUCGGAUCUGAAGAUACCUUUGAUUCUAUCGCCAGCAUGGAAGAAAAGGUGAUGUGCUUGUUCCCUUUGGACUUUACCGAGGCCAGGUCUGUGUUUUUGGUGGGACAGAACUACGUAACGCAGGCUAAGGAGUACUUUCAGAUGGACGGAUAUGUGACGGACCACAUAGAGAUCCUGCAGGACCACAGUUCUCUGUUCCGGGCCCUGGCCUUCUUCGAGGAAGAUCUGGAGCGUCGAUGCAAAAUGCACAAGCGAAGGGUUGACAUACUGGAGCCGAUCUGCAACGACUUGAACUCCCGAUACUACCUGCUGAUCCGCAGACAGCUGAUGUUUGAGUUGGCUGAGACCUACAACGAAAUGAUGGACCUGAAGCUGACUCUGGCCAACAGACAAGCGGAUAACCAUUCCCUGGAUAGCCACACCAUUAAGAAGUUCAACCAUCUCUGCUCUGCCUCUGCCAAGUACUUCCAGAUGUUCCUAGAUUCUCUGUGCUCACCGGAAGGGAAGCCGCCGGAGCACCUGGAGGAGGAGGUGCUCAGACCAGCCCUGGUGGCCCGAUUCAGAGUGGCCCGACUUCACAGCAAACUGAUCAGCUCCUCGCCCCCGGUUCAGAUGGAGAACCUCAACAGAGCUCUGGAAAACUACAAGUACGUGGUGCAGUACUGCGAGGCGCACCCCGAAGCGGCCGCCGCAGUGGAGACGGAGCUGGAGCUGAGUACGGAGAUGGUCGGCCUCCUCCCUCUUAAGAUCAACCGCCUCAAGUCCAGGAUGGCUGCAAACAACUGAGGACCGAGUUUCAUUUUCGCUUCUCACUGACUGAUGUAUGGCUUAACUGAUCUUGUUGACUCGAAUUAACCGAUCAAAAUGUAACACAAGGCAGCCAAAGAAGCCAAAAUGUAGAUUCUGGUUCUUGUUCCUCAUGUCCUUAAUAUGGUGAUUGUUAAUUUCUCUGUGCGUUCAGCAUGCUGCUUUUAAAUGCAUCGCAGCCUAUAACCGCUGCAAAGUGCUCUCAGUAUUGUGCAAUAAAUGUCGUGGUUAAUCUCAGAUAUAUAACAGAUUGCACAUAGGAAAGAGAAACAAUCUUUUUUUUUUUUUUUUUUUUUUUAUUCAAAGGAGAAAAAAAACUGUUUGGUAUAUUUCCAGAACAUGAAUUUGUUUUCAACACUGUGAACUCACUGAAUGCAGACCUGUUUGCUUGUCUUCAGAUUAAGGUUUUCCACCUAGCAACACAAUAUUUUUUUAGGUUUAUCAGUAAGAUCUUAACAAUAUCAGUUCCUUAAAUGUAAUUCUCAGUUUCCUCUUAGAUGUUUUCAAAGUUAUGCCCUAUAUUUUAAACAUGCUUUUUUUUUUUUUUUUUUUGGUUUUAAAUGACACUAGUAGUAUCUUCCCUAAGAUUUGCCUUGUUAUGUAAAGUUAAAAAGCAAAUAACUACGCAGAAUUCCCAUCUUAUGACAUUAAACCCAAUUAAAAUUUUCCAGAGGAGAUUCUCUGUUUGUUUUGUUUUUAACAACAAAUUACUUAAACGAAUAGAAAAGACUGACCGACGUGUUCUACACUGCGACAAACUACACUAAAAUGAGUCAACCCCCGCUGCAGUUUUAGGUGUUUUGGCAAAAUGUACAAAUUAACAGCUGUUUGUAAUGAAAAGAAUAAAGUAAAUGUGAAUAUCAACAUUAAAAACAAAAUAAAACUUCA